UUGAGGUGUCUAUCGAUCUGUAUCAAUAUGUCAGGUAGAAACCCCACAUAUACCAACCCAGAACCCUGUAAACAUCUAGCGGAUUACAAGCUAAAACAUGGAUUGAGUGGUUACAAUUCCCUCCAGAAGAGCCUCAAUACGAAUCCAAAUGGAAGAACAGCCAUGGACAGAAGCCAAACAAAGAUACCCAGAUGCAGUUUUUGUUCUGGAUAUCAAGGGAGAUUGUAUUUCUGUUUGAUCUGUUCCACUGUUUCAUGUUGUAAUUUACCCGAUUCAAACCACGCCUUCUUACAUUCCCAAACUGAGAUUGGUCAUGAGAUUGCUGUGGACAUGGAAAGAGCAGAGCUCUUUUGCUGUCUAUGCUGUGAUCAGGUAUAUGAUCCUGACUUUGAUAAGGCGGUUAUGUUUAAACAGACCAUGGAGAUACCCAGAAACAGCAAUGGCGGUGAUAAAGAGAAUUGCAAUAAGAGGAGGAAGGUGAUCUCUAAGGCUGUGAGAGAUUAUAUGAAUGCAAAAGACUUGGUUUUGAAAUUGGGUCGGGGACCGAAUUCGUGUUUCCCUUGGGGUUUGAGGGGAUUGAGCAAUCUUGGCAACACCUGUUUCAUGAAUUCAGUCUUGCAAGCUUUGCUCCAUGCACCCCCUUUGAGGAAUUACUUCCUUACUGAUCGGCAUAGAUGUAGAACUUCUCGGAAGAGCUCAUUGGAUAAACCGUGCUUGCGUUGCGACAUCAUCGACAUUUUCUCUGCUGUCUAUUCUGGGGAUCCGACACCUUUUAGUCCUGCUCGGUUUCUUUACAGUUGGUGGCGCCAUUCACCAAAUCUUGCCAGUUAUGAGCAACAAGAUGCUCAUGAGUUUUUCAUUUCAGUGCUCGACCAGAUCCAUGAGAAAGAGGAGCAGAGCAGAUCCUCACAUAAAGAUAACAGGGAUUGCCAUUGCAUAGCUCAUAAGGUAUUCUCUGGGGUCUUGAGAUCAGAUGUGACAUGUACAACAUGUGGGUUCACUUCCACAACUUAUGAUCCCUGUGUAGACUUAUCUCUUGACUUCGAUCUAAGUGAUGGCUCCUCAAAAAUUGUAACUGGAAAGGCCACCAAUCCAAGUGAGGAUGAAGAUAUAUCAACUCUUGUGGGUUGCUUGGACCUCUUCACAAGGCCAGAGAAGUUAGAUUCUGACCUCAAGCUAUACUGCCAGCAGUGUCAAGUAAGGAGGGACUCUGUGAAGCAAAUGUCCAUCAGACGACUCCCACUGGUCUUAUGUUUUCAUAUAAAACGAUUUGAGCUCUCUCCUCUCCGGAAAAUGUGUAAAAAAAUUGACCGGUACUUGCAGUUCCCAUUCACACUUGACAUGACUCCUUACCUAUCAUCCUCAAUUGUGAGGAACAGGUUUGGGAACAGGAUCUUUGCUUUUGAGGGUGAUGAAUCAGAUAUUUCUACAGAAUUUGAGGUGUUUGCAGUGGUUACACACUUUGGGAAGCUUGAAAGCGGCCACUAUGUGACAUAUCUGCGGUUAAGAAACCAAUGGUACAAAUGUGAUGAUGCAUGGAUUACCCAAGUUAGUGAUCGGGUUGUGAGAGCUUCACAAGGCUACUUGAUUUACUAUGUACAGAAACUGCCUUGAGUUCAUAGCAAGCAAGGAUUUGUGAGGUAUCCUGAUGUGUUCACAGGG